AUGGAUAUUGACACUACUCAAAAUAUAAAAAUGAAUAUGGAUUCUAAAAAGAGAAAAAUAGAUAUGGAUUCUAAAAAAAGAAAAAUGGAUAUUGAUUCUAAAAAGAGAAAAAUGGAUAUGAAUAGUAGUGAUAUAGAAG